AUGGAGACUAGUGACGAGGAUCGCGACGCAUAUAUCGAAUCACUGUUGGAUGCUUUGGAAAAGUCCAAAACUGUAAGGUUACACCUCGAAGAUAUUAUCAGUUCUCUGCAUGCCAAUUUGGAGAAGGAACGAGUUGAUCGGGAAAAUGUUGAAGCGGAGCUGGUUAGGCUGCAAGAACACACUUUGUGCAUGAGGGAGGCCCAGCAAGAUGAAAUAGAGGAACUAGAGGAAACAUACAAAAGCAAUACAAAUGCAGUCCAAAGAGUUAUUGAGUUGGAGAAUGAAUUGAAUGAGAUGAAAAUAAAGUAUAAACACCUCUCCGAUAUCACAAAGGAAAAGGCAAUGCAGAGAGACAAUGUAGAAUUUGUGAAUAAGCAAAAGAUUAGCAAGUUGGAAAAUGAGAACAAGAAGUUGGACUCUAUGGUUAAGGAGCUUGAAUCCAAAGAAACACAAAUAAAUUACCAAUCCAAUCUUAUACGAGACUUAUUACAACAGCAGAAUGAUAACAACAAGACUAUAGAAGCUCUGCAGGACAAGAUAACCAAACUAAAGAAGAAUUUGAGAUCUAGCAUGCAUUUUAAUGGGUCAAAUAACAUAGAUUUAGACACUACGAAAAUUCUCAUCAGUAAUGAUUCCUUGGCGAGAGGCGACAGUAGAAGGAACUGUCAAAUGACUUAUAGGGUUUCUUCCAGCGAAUACUCUUCAAAGAUAUCAUCAAAUUCCGAAUACGAUGAUUCGUUCGCAAUGAAAGUUCCCAGACACUUCAUAUCCAAACUUUGGAAAAAUUUCAUAAACGUAUGCAAAGACAACUAUAUGUUUUUGAACUCUGAGAUAUCAUCGCUGUAUACAAAUAGGGAAUACUGCAUGAUUUCUCUGGAUGGUUCGAAUAAUUUCUUGGGUACACAAUUGCCAAAUGCAUACAAGGAACCCAUUUUGUGUUGUUCGCAAUCUUCACCUGGGAUAUUCAGGCUAAAUUCCGAUUACAGCCUUACAUUCGCCUCUACCAACUCCCCUUAUGUUGGAUAUAAACUGAGAACUGACCAAUAUUUUUUGAACGCAAUUUUAUCAAAAAAUACCACAACCGAACCCAUAAUUUUUCAGGUUGUUGAGAAAGGAUUAUGUAUACUAAAGGUUAGGUUCAGGAACCUAUAUCUGGGCCUAAUAAACGACCCAUUUUCACAUUCUAGCAAUAUUUUAGGACUGACCAGCAGGUAUAAUUACACUCCAGUGAAUUCAAACUACAGCUACUCCUCCAAAACGCAAGAUAGCAAUUACAACCCAGAACCUACUCAAAACUCACCAGAACGCAUGUGUUCCUCCACCUCUGCAAGUGAUAAUUCGGUUAUUACUCCAUACAAAUCUAAUGAAGCCUUUACGGAUGAAAAUUUAAAGAUGGGAUUUGUGCCUAAUGGCAGGGCGGCUAAGUUCAGAUUGGUAACACUUGAGGAUUACUUGAAUAUUCAGGCGAGGAAAGAGGCACAGCACAUGAUGGAUGUUAGAAGAUCAAAUCAAUUUGAGGUUGAGAAUGAUAAACACGAUUCUUCGGAUUGGGUUAUUGUUCCAGAGAUUACCGCUUUUACUCUAGCCAGAUCACUAGUGUAG